AUCAAAUGCUUAUUCUUUCCAGAAAAUGUAUAAAAUAUAAAAUACAGCCAUAACUCGCAAUGACGACCAUCGAUACUUCCAAAGAUAAUGAUACCAAGGUAGCAAGUCCAGAUGCAAUUAUUGAGAACCUUGGAGGAUGUGGUCGCUUUCAGAUUCGCAUGAGUAUCGUCGUUCAUUUGAUAAAGACGAUCAUCUGCUUCAGCUUCAUGGGUAUGAUUAUAAUAUCUGCAGCGCCACCAUGGUGGUGUACAGAUGGCGCCACCGGAAAUGAUGUAAAGACAUGCACAGUUCAUGAAAACAACACUGCCGUGCAGUAUUGCCAGUCUAAAUCGUGUGUUAACGGAAACAACUCCAAAUGUCAAAACUUUGGAUUUGAAAGCAGUCUUAAUACAAUAGUUAAUGAGUUCAAUCUCGUUUGUGAUCGUGAUUACAUACCGAGUAUCAUUAACUCGAUACAGAUUUCCGGUGUGCUUGUUGGGAACAUUGUAGCCGGACAAAUAGCAGAUCUAUUCGGAAGGAAACCCCCGUUCUUUACAUCUAUCGUUAUACUGAUCGGAUUUAACCUGUUUGGCUUUUUCUCUACAAGCUGGCAAAUGUUUGCGAUUGCACGGUUCUUUACAGGUGUAGGUGGGGGAUUCUUUCUUACAACUCAGUAUUGUCUCCUGUCCGAGUUUACCUUGGCGAAAUGGCGUGUUUGGAUAGUAGGUUUUCCAUCUUGGCCUAUUCAGUCGUGUCUGUUUUCACUUCUGGCCUGGUUAAUUCAUGACUGGCGGUAUAUACAGUUGAUGACAGCUUUAAUGGGCAUACCCUGUUUUCUGGCAUGGUGCGUUAUACCGGAGAGUUUUCGGUGGUACAUAGCACACGACAAACCAGAAAAGGCAGAGGUCAUUGUAAGAGCCGUGGCAAAGUUUAAUAGACGCACUGAGUUUGAUAUAGAUAAAAUGUUGAGGAAGCCAGAUACAAAAGAAGAUAAGAAAUACACGUUUUUAGAUCUGUUUAAAUCAAAGGAAAUGGUUAAAGUAACCUUUCUACUGGCAGCCAACUGGGUGGCACUAGGUUUGGUUUCAUACGGCAUAGCGUUCGGAAUCCAGUCACUUUCCGGAAACAUCUACUUUAAUUUAUUUCUGUUUGGUCUUACCGAAAUACCUAGUAAGGCUAUUGCACUUUGGCUUCAGAACAGAUUUGGACGAAGAUUUACUUCUAUAUUAUGCUUUUCUACUGUUGCUAUAGGAGGAAGUGUUGUCGGUAUCGUUCAAACUUCAGAUGUACCUAACAAAGAUGAAUUAACAAAUGCUUUCGCGCUUGUUUCUAACAUGGGAAUCGCAACUGCAUGGGGAUCUGUUCAAACGAUGACAAUAGAAAUUUAUCCCACCGUGAUCAGAAAUAUAGGAUUUGGUACGCUGAGUGUUACUGGUCGCAUUGGCGCUAUUGUUGGCCCUCAGCUGGUGUAUUUGAAUACCUACAUACCAGGGCUUUUAUACUACGCAUGCGCGACAAUAUCAAUUAUAUGUGUAGUCGGAAUACUUUUCUUACCUGAAACAAUGGACAGAAAUUUGAAAGACAGAAUAAAGCAAGAGUUUGAUCUAGAAAAUGCUGUCAUUCAUGACAUUGUUAAAAAUAACAACGAAGACAAAGAAUCACCCGAGAUCAACAUAAAAGAACCGACAAGACCAAAAACAAAAGACAGUAGAAAGCAUCUUGAUGUUACUGAUAGGAAAAAGACUAUUCCUUAUUCUGUCUCUUCAAAAACAGAAACUACUCAUAUGUGAAUAACAGAGAAAUAUAUUGCAAUGGGAAAUAUACGAUUCAUAUGCGCUUGCUGAGAUUACAUCAGCGUUACCGGAGGAAAUUAAGUUUAUUGAAACAAAAUUAAUGUUAAAUAUGUAGAAGGUAGUGUAAUAAAACAACCGUCUCGUAUAACACCUCGAAUAUGCUAAUUAAAAAGAUAUCCAAUACAAUAUGUAGAGAUAAAGCUAUACACAUCAUAUCAAGACAAAAAAAACAUUUUUCCGGGUCUCGAGGUGGCAAAGAUUAGAUAAUGGAAGUAUCAAAAUAUCAACAUCGUCUGCGAUACAUUACCAUUUAAACUAAGCUUACAACUUUAAAAAAAAAAUCAUUGUACGAACUUCGCUGUUAUCUUCGGUGGCACAAAGGU